AUCGAGUCAUCUUCCUCUGACGCGCCGGGUGCCUCCUCUGCUGCUACCUUAAAGCCACACAGACCCAAUAAGAGCACAGCUGUUUUCAUCUCUGACCCACUGGAGGCACCUGAUGUCGAGAUGGGACGGGCUUUGCUCGAAUGCACCCUGAUUCGCUGUUUUCUCCGUACUCUAAAAGCCCGAACACAGGGCAUGUCCGUCCUCAGUUGAUCCCCCGUCAUCCCGUCCGUCCAUCCCGCAGCAGUCGGUGCUCGAUUGCCUUGGUCUGAAUAAACUAUGGCAGACGGAGAGGAUAAUAUUACAGUUCCUGAGUUCAGCAGCCUGCUGCAAAUGGAUCCCUACCUCAAACAGUACGAGAAGGACUUCGAGAGGAGGUAUGAGCUGCUACAGAAGCAACUUUUCCAGCUGGAGGAGGCAGAGGGAGGCUUUGACCAGUUCACGCGCAGUUACAAGACCUUCGGCGUGAACCGGCAACCUGACAACAGCCUGAUCUUUAAAGAGUGGGCUCCAGCAGCAGAGGCCCUCUUCCUCACCGGUGACUUCAAUGGCUGGAACAAAUUCUCCCACCCUUACACCAAGAAGGAAUUCGGCAAGUGGGAACUCAUCCUUCCACCCAAGGAUGACAAGUCUCCAGCUGUGGAUCAUAACACCAAACUUAAGGUGGUAGUUCACACCCCGGACGGUGGGCGCCUGUACCGGAUCUCGCCUUGGGCAAAAUAUGUGACCAGGGAGGAGAAAUCAGUCAUCUAUGACUGGGUUCACUGGGAUCCCAUUCAACCUUAUAAGCAAAUCCACCCUCGACCAAGGAAGCCCACAAGCGUGAGAAUAUACGAGGCUCACGUGGGUAUCGCUUCACCAGAGGGAAAGAUUGCCUCAUACACCAACUUCACAGUCAACGUGCUGCCUCGCAUAAAAGAUUUGGGUUACAACUGUAUUCAGCUCAUGGCUAUCAUGGAGCAUGCCUAUUACGCAAGCUUUGGAUAUCAGAUUACAAGUUUCUUUGCUGCUUCCAGUCGCUAUGGUACCCCAGAUGAGCUGAGGGAGCUGAUUGACGUGGCUCACUCUCUGGGCAUCAUGGUGCUGCUAGACGUCGUUCACAGCCACGCGUCCAACAACACAGAGGACGGCCUGAACCGCUUCGAUGGCUCCGACUCCUGUUUCUUCCACUCUCCACCCAGAGGGGUGCACAGCCUGUGGGACAGCCGCCUCUUCAACUACUCCAGCUGGGAAGUGCUGCGGUUCCUGCUGUCAAACCUGCGCUGGUGGAUGGAGGAGUACUGCUUUGACGGCUUUAGAUUUGACGGCGUGACAUCUAUGCUGUAUCAUCACCAUGGCAUCGGCGCAGGCUUCUCGGGGGACUACAGCGAAUACUUUGGCCUACAGGUGGAUGAGGACUCUUUGGUUUACCUGAUGCUUGCCAAUCACAUUCUUCAUACCCUGUAUCCUGACUGUAUCACCGUUGCAGAGGAUGUGUCAGGGAUGCCCGCUCUCUGCAGGGGAGUGGAGGAGGGAGGACUUGGGUUUGAUUACCGUCUGGCUAUGGCUAUUCCUGACAAGUGGAUUCAGAUCCUGAAGGAGUUCAAGGAUGAGGAAUGGGACAUAGGGAAUAUCGUCCACACACUGACCAACAGACGGUACGGGGAGAAGUGCAUAGCCUAUGCGGAAAGCCAUGAUCAGGCGCUUGUUGGCGAUAAGACUCUGGCCUUCUGGCUCAUGGAUAAGGAGAUGUACACCAGCAUGAGCUCCUUAAUUCCCAUGAAUCCCAUCAUCGACCGUGGCAUUCAGCUGCAUAAGAUGAUCCGCCUCAUCACACAUGGUCUUGGUGGAGAAGGCUACCUCAACUUCAUAGGAAAUGAGUUUGGCCACCCUGAGUGGCUGGAUUUCCCCAGAGAGGGCAACAAUCAGAGCUACCACUAUGCCCGGCGGCAGUUUAACCUGCUGGAUAUGGAUCACCUCCGCUACCAACAGCUCUACACCUUUGACCGGGACAUGAACCGUACCGAAGACAAGUACGGCUGGCUGGCAGCGCCACCUGCCUUUGUCAGCGCCAAGCAUGAAGAGGACAAGGUCAUUGUGUUUGACAGGGCAAAUGUGCUCUUUAUCUUCAACUUCCACCCCACUAAGAGCUUCCAGGACUACAGGGUGGCUGUAGAAGUCUCAGGAAAAUACAAAAUCAAGCUGGAUUCAGAUAUGGUUCAGUAUGGAGGGCACGGACGACUGGACCACGGCACGGAGUUCUUCACAGAGGCCCAGCCCUUCAACGGUCGCUCCAACUCAAUGAAGGUCUACAUCCCCUGCAGAACAGCUAUUGUCCUGGCCAACGAGGAGAUAGAUUACUGUUAUUAGAGGAUGAUUGUCUCCACAGAGACCAGGAUUGAGAAUGGAUUCCAAACUCAAACUGAGUGUUAACAAUCACCUUCAUCUUAAAGUGUCAACCUUGCACACCCACCCACCUAAACCUUACUUUUUACAUUUGAGUCCUUUUUUUUUUUUUUCUAGAUAGGGGGAAAAUAGUAUUAUAAGUGUGUGUGCGCUUUCAAAUACCAUCUGCAACCUUAGACUCUGUGUAACCCCAUUUACUACAGAUUGGUCCAUUUGGGAAGCAUCCAACAUAACCAGCAGCUAGAUGCUAAAACUCAAAGCCCUGCCGAGUCUGUCCGCCAGUAGCCAGCAGCCAUUUAUAGGCUCUGUUGCAUUUGGCAUGUCAUCUGAAAUACAUGACCGGCCACUGUGGCAGAGGAAAGUCAAUACAGCCAGCAUUCAUUUAUUCAAAUACAAUAAAAUCUCAAGGAAAUUAAGAAUAUUUUGAAAUGUGAGGAUUUUUUUUUUUUUUAAAAGAUAUUUUAAAGGGGUUUAAUUAUUUUGUAUUAAAAUAAAAAUAUCAUUAAUGUGUCAAAGACGCAAGAGGAUAUAUAAUAUUUCCAGCACUUGAAAAGUAAAACGUCCAGAUAUUUAAUCACUGGUUACUUGUCUUUGUUAAUUUGCGUCGUGGGGACGUUGUACGUAUAAAAAUACAUUGUAAUUUGCACAAAGUAAUAAACUGCUUUGAAUUAUUAUACUGUUAACGAGUAUCUAAAACAGUGGUGCGGUAAUGCUUGAAUUUAUGCAGCUACCGGGAGCAUUUAAGCGGUUAUUUAUGGCUCGGUUAUUAAGCCGGUAAUUUGCAGCUAAAGCGGUGAUGAAAUUACCUAAUUUGAAUUGUUUGCUGCGUGUUUUAUUAUACACCAGCAACAUUUUAGCUGAACUACGCCAUUUUAACCACUUUGCAUAAAGUGAUGCAUGCCCCCCACCCCCACCCCCCUCCCUGCACCCACCACCCCACCUGCAGUAGAUCCCAUUAGUUUAUUAUGAGACUUUUACUAAACGCUUCAAACUCCUGUUAAAUUCUGCUAACGGCCAUCUGAUGCUGACGACGGGUUUGAACAGGUAUGACUCACACACUUCACUGCCUUGAUGCUGUGCUUUACAUGCAGCGUGUUCAUUAUGUGCAUUCCCCUAGGAUUAUUCCAGAAAAAAAUAAAUAAAUAAAAUAAGGGGAAAAAAAUCACAAAGAGAGAGCGACAUGUGCUUCUUCCAAUUAGUUCUGACUUUUUUUGACUUUUGUCUCAACGCACUUGAAGUCGUCUCGACGCACCCGUAGCUGCCGCGUGAGGAGGCUAUUGAUAAACUAAAACGUACCAAAAAAGCAUCACUGACUGGAUAUAUGAUUUUGCAAGUAACCGUGAUAAUUAUCAAAGCAGCACUAACAUAAGUGAAACAAGAGCUGUUUACUGUUCCUUUAUUUCCUUCCAUGGCCACUGUUAUUCUGUGAUCCAUGUAACUACUGCACUGGCGCGGAUUCUCACUCAGCCGAAGAAACACGUCCACAUUCACAUCUAUUCUGCGUUUUAGUCAAAAGUAUCGUGAUCAUUUUUUUUUUUUUUUUUUUUUUUGAUGCCAAGGCUUUCAAAAAGGCCCAUCUCCGCCCUCAUUCAAAGCACAGAGAGAAUCACUCUGCAUACAUUUUGAAGUUGUGAAUCUGAGCCGCAGUGUUUAAUCAUCCCUCGUCUGACCCAGUGUCAUUGUCAUUUUACCACUGCCAAAAUGAAUUGUCUGCAUUUGUUCUCAAAACUAAAACUGAUGUCUGAUGCACUGUAACUGUUUCAGCUUAUUUCUUCCAUUAUCACUAAUGAUAAUAAAUCGGUGUCUGUCAAGCCACAUGAAUGUGGAUGAAGUGAA